AUGGCGAUCGCGGCUGUUGGUCAGAUCUGCUCGACGGCAUCGCUGUCGCACAACCUCGAGCAAUGCGUGAGGCUGGUCGCCAAGGCGGCCUCAGGUGGCGCAAAGGUCCUCUUCCUCCCUGAAGCCUCGGACUACAUCGCCUCGAACCCCCAAGAGUCCCUCUCCCUCGGCCAGCCGCAGUCCAAGUCCCCGUUCGUGCUAGGUCUCCGGGAGGCGGCAAAGACCCACUCCCUCGCCGUCAGCGUCGGGAUCCACGUGCCCAUCCCCGAGGCCGCCCCGGAGGCCUCGACGUCAGUCUCGAAGCUCCUCAACCGCAGCCUCUGGAUCAACGCCGACGGCACCGUCAAUGAGGCCGCGACCUACGACAAGCUUCACCUCUUCGACUUCGGCGCCCUCCGCGAGAGUGCAACUGUCCAGGCGGGCACCUCGCUGACACGUCCGUUCCCCACCCCCGUCGGCCGCGUCGGCAGUCUCAUCUGCUUCGACCUUCGAUUCCCCGAGCCGGCCCUCGCGCUGACGCACCCGGGCCCGAGGAGCCCCUUCGUCGACCCCGCUGUCGGGCCCGCCCAGGUCCUGCUGUACCCCUCCGCCUUCACCAUUCGGACGGGCCAGGCGCACUGGGAGACGCUCCUACGGGCCCGCGCCAUCGAGACGCAGAGUUGGGUCAUCGCCGCGGCGCAAGUGGGCGCGCACAACCCAAAGCGGAGCAGUUACGGGCACAGCAUGGUCGUCGACCCCUGGGGCCGGGUGAGGCUUGAGCUCGGUGGUGUGGACGGUGAGGGCGGGGCGGUAGAGGGCGCCGAGGGGGCCGUUGGCUUCGUGGAUGUGGACCUGGACGAGUGGGCGAGGGUGAGGGAGGGCAUGCCGCUGGCCAGACGCACGUGA